AUGCCGGGCGUGGGGGCGAUCGGGGCGCGGUGCAGGCACCGGCCGCGCAGGAGCCCCAGGAAGAGCCCCAAGGCGGAGCCGGGCCAGACAGCCGCCAUGGACGCGGCGAUCUAUUACCAGUUCCGGCUGAUCGUGCUGGGCGACUCCACCGUGGGCAAGUCCUGCCUCCUGCACCGCUUCACCGAGGGCCGCUUCCCGGGGCCGCUGCACUCCGAUCCCACCGUGGGGGUGGACUUCUUCUCCCGGCUGGUGGAGAUCGAGCCUGGCAAGAGGGUCAAGCUGCAGCUCUGGGACACGGCGGGGCAGGAGCGGUUCAGAUCAAUAACACGCUUAUUAUCGCAUUUUUUUGUUGGGUGCUUACUAGUGUUCGACCUCACAAAUCGACGAUCUUUUGAACAUGUGAACUGGCUAGAAGAAGCAAAAAUGCACUGCAGCCCUUUCAGAUUUUUCCUAUUAGUAGGGCACAAAUGUGUAGUGUCACAGCGUGAGGUUAAAGAAGCUGAAAAGCUGUCAUCUGACUGUGGUAUGAAAUAUAUAGAAACUUCAGCAAAAGAUGCCACAAAUGUUGAAGAGUCCUUUACAAUUCUAACGAGACUCUAUGAACUUGUAAAAAAUGGAGAAAUCUCAUAUCAAGAUGAUGGGAAGGUGUCAGAGUGGCUUGUUCCAAAUGUUGUACAUUCGUCAGAAGAAGCUGAAAGCCCAUAAGACGUGCAUUUGCUGAAUUUGUAGCAUGCCAAAGAGCCCAUGGGGUGUUCAGAAUGAUGCCAACCUAAAUAACAGAAUAAUGGUUUUGAAACAGUAUUAGAUCAUGAUAUAGCUGAAUCAUAGAACGUAAUUUGGUUUUGUAUCCUUCUGUCUAGUCAUAAUUCAUAAAACUUUAAGUGCUUUUUUUCUUACAGAGUUCGAUAACUUAUAUUGGGUCUUCAGAAAAAGAAUUAUAUAUGCUAAAGGAAAACUAAUGCAAGACGACUGAGAAAGUGCAAUAAUCAUCGUGACAACAUCCUCGCUUGGCUUUGUAUUUUGAAUACUGUUUAAAAUUCAAGGCUUGAUAGUGAGGAUCAGAUGACGCUCAUUACUUUUGUUCAUCCUGCCUUAGCUUUGGACAAGAAAAUAUUAUAACUUAUACUUUUUUAAUGUGAUUCUUUACUCAAUGCAGGUUCUAAUGACUAUUAAAGUUUAGAAUGCUGUAGAAUUUGAUAAGAAAGAUAACUCUAAAGAAAGCAACUGAAAGAUGCUCCAAUAGCAACCACUUUUGAUAUGACUAGAAUACAAGCCUUACUAAGAGAAAGAAAUGUUUUAGAAAGAUUUUAUUUGUAUACAAAAAUGGAAUAGAAACAAUUGAAUUUUUAUUAAAUAUUUUCUGAAUUGCCAAUGAAACUAAACAUAUGAUCUAGCUGUUAUUUGCUUAUAUACAAACAGAUUUCCCAACCACUGGACGUACAUUUUCGGUGACCAGAUUCUCAGCUGGGUAAUUAUCAUAGUCCACACUGAUGCCUAAGAAUUAGGUUAAUUUACACAAACAAUUCUGUAUUAGCUUUAAAAAUGAAUUUUACUUCUAACUAGAAGUAAAAAUAAGUUAAAAAGUGCUGCAACCCAUGGGGACCCAGGCCUUAAAUUUGAAUAGAGCAAGGACUGUUUUUAUUCUUAGCCAGCAAAUGUUACACUGUUGUCUAAAAAAGGAAGGUUUUAAACUAAACUUAUGAAUAGAGCAUUCGUAGAGGAAAAGAAUUCUAAAAUAAUGUUUGGGUACAGAGAGCAAGAUAGAGACCCCUAUUCUAAGAAAGCUACCCAUAUAGCUUUUAAUAACUAAGAAUAAUAGGAGAAAUCUGUGAACAUGUAGCAUUUUACUGAGCUUGAGGUCAUCUCCUACUCCUCUGAAUAUAACACACACUAGCUUUAUGCAAACUAGGUCUAGCACUUAAAUACCAAAUAAAUCUAUUUCUAUUUUAUUGUAGCAGUAUAAAAGAUAACUUGAUCUUCAGAGUUGAUAGCAUCUACAGUUUAUCUGGGCAUACUCA